AUGCAAAUCAACAGUCUUAAACUUAAAACAAUUGCAAGUUUUGCCCAAAGCAAAAAUCUAGUUUCACCCAUUUAUUGUUAUCCCAAAUCAUUAGUGCAAAGCCUUGAUACUCCUGAAGAAUUUCAAACAUUAUUGACUUCACAACUCGUCUAUGAAAAACAAAACAGCCUCAGAACCAUAAAACGUGAAAAUGUAGUGUGCAAGAGUCUCAAUAUGAUAUCUUUAGAAGAAAAUUCAUCUAAUAAUAAAAGAAGUGGAUAUCUAUUUACAGAUAUUUGGAAGACUCAUAUGACUAAAGGAGCUAAACAAUCAAAAAGACAUUAUUUUGCAACCUGUACCUAUUGUCAACAAUUUUGGAAACAAGGAAAACUUCAAGUUCUUUAUGGACAUUUAGCUAAUUGUUGUAAAAAAUAUUCAAAAUAA